UCUCGUAGUCUGUUGGGAGGUGGAGGAGGGGGACAAUGCGGCGUGCGAAGAGUGGGGAAGAAAUCACGCGAUUGGAUUUGGAGUUCUGCUGGACUCGAAUCUCAGCUGUGCUUUUUAUUAACCGUGGGACCUUGAGCUACUUGGCUCUCCUUUCUGAAUGACAGUUUCCUCCUCUGUAAAACAGGAAUGGUUAAUUCAACGAAUGUUUACUGAGCGCUUAGACAAGUGGUGUAGGUUCAAGGCUGGAGGCAGUGGAAAAGGAAAACAAGGUUCCUGGUCUGGGGAAGCUUACCAUGGGGGUGUUUGUACGUGUGUGUGUUCGUGUGCUCAGCGGGGGAAGACAGGACAGAAAAUAAACGGAUCAACAUCGAAAGCAACAAGGUCAUUACAGCUUGUAAUUUGUGAAGAUGGGGAAACUGACUCGAUGAAGUGCCAGCUUGGCUGCAGUCAGGCUAGAAUCAGGACUGGAACCCAGGCUGUGUGGCUACGGCCCUGACCCUCACCAUCCAUGUCAGGCAGAGAACACUCAGGUGAGUGAAGCUAAGGGUGGAAUCCAAGAGUGGAAGGAGGAGGAGAAGGAGGAGGAGGAGGAAGCAGCAGAGAGGACGCCCAUGGGAGAAGAGGUUCCAAACUCUCCCAGGACUUUGCUGUCUCUGAGAGGGAAGGCCCGGAUGGGGAUCCCCAUGGAAGUCAAGCUGGAGCUGCACCCCCUGCAGAACAGGUGGGCUCUGUGGUUCUUCAAGAAUGACCGCAGCCGGGCCUGGCAGGACAACCUGCACCUGGUCACCAAGGUGGACAGUGUGGAGGACUUCUGGGCGCUCUACAGUCACAUCCAGCUGGCCAGCAAGCUCUCCUCCGGCUGUGACUAUGCCCUGUUCAAGGAUGGCAUCGAGCCCAUGUGGGAGGACAGCAGGAAUAAGCGGGGUGGCCGCUGGCUGGUCAGCCUGGCCAAGCAGCAGCGCCACAUUGAGCUGGACCGGCUGUGGCUGGAGACGCUGCUGUGUCUGAUCGGGGAGAGCUUUGAGGAACACAGCAGGGAGGCGUGUAUACAAAGAGCGCCUGGGCCUCUCCCCGAAGACCAUCAUUGGGUACCAGGCCCACGCAGACACAGCCACCAAGAGCAACUCCCUAGCCAAGAACAAGUUUGUGGUGUGAGGGGGGCCUUGGCACCCCUUCUCUGUAAUGGGACAGCCACCACCCGAGCCUCAUUACUUUGCGGGGGUGGAGUGGGGUGGGACUGGGGAUCAGACAGCCCUAGUUCUUACCUGUCCUCAAGUGAACAGGAAUGCAAACAUUCUUUAACAUGAGUUGGGGCCUGGGCCCUAGGGGCCAGGUGGGGGUAGUGGUGGCAGUCUGAGGACCUAGCUUGUCCCGGGGCCACAGGACAGCAGGAGGGUGGAGGAAACUCCCGGGGGUGGGGUGAGUCAUGGGGGGAAGGAGAGCUCUAUGGUAGGUGGAGAAGCCCACGGUCCAGUGUUUACUUUGUUUCUACCCAAGAAGGGGGCGAGGUGACCUGAGAGACAGACUCUCCCAUGGGUGGGGGGCUCAAGGGCACAGACACUCUGGAGGGUGAACGCCAUCAUUUGUACAGAGGGAUAUGUGGGUUGCUGAGGACUGGGAGAGCCGUGCAAGGCCGCUCCCCUUCUCACUAGCUGUGGCCAGGCUGUCUGGGGCUUGCCUGCCUCAGGACCAGACUGAAGUGGAGGUGGGGGGAUGCUGGGCUAGACCUCACCAAGGUUCUGGUAGAAGUGGAUAAACUUGAUAAUAAAAGCUUAAGCAU